AGAUACAGCAAACAGAAGGAAGCAAUACCAGCAAAAAUCACUCAGACAAAGAACAAUUUUCUGUAAAACUGUUGAAUAUAAGGCAUCUUUUUACUUGUUUGGAAUGGGCUCAGUAAUUGCUAAAAUGUUACUGCCAACAGUCAGCAGUCUAGCAUUUCUGCCAGUGGUCAGUGUGGCAGCCAAACGAGGCUUUCACAUGGAAGCCAUGGUUUACUUCUUCACCAUGUUCUUCAUGGCGUUAUACCAUGCAUGUGAUGGCCCGGGAUUCUCAGUACUGUGCUUCAUGAGGUAUGAAAUCUUGGAAUACUUUAGUGUCUAUGGUACAGCAAUCUCCAUGUGGGUCACUCUUAUUGCUCUAGGUGACUUUGAUGAGCCUAAAAGGUCUUCACUUACAAUGCUUGGGAUUCUCACUUCUGCGGUCCGUAUCUACCAGGAUCGAUAUGGGUAUGGCAUCUAUUCUGGCCCAAUUGGGACAGCAGUACUGAUCAUCACCGUUACAUGGCUGCGAAAGAUGAAGGAGAAGAAGAGCUUGUAUCCAGAAAAAUCUGUCUACACACAGCAGGUGGGACCAGGAUUCUGCUUUGGAGCUCUUGCCCUCAUGCUGAGAUUCUUCUUCGAGGAAUGGGACUACACGUAUGUUCACAGCUUCUACCAUGCAUCACUGGCAAUAUCAUGUAUCCUGAUUCUACCCAAGAAGAACAGACUUGGAGGCAAAGGAGGGAACCCUGCAAAGUUGGAUUGUUACACUCUCUGCUGCUGUAGCACCAAACCAGCUAUAAAGGACAGACUUCAAUCAUUCUGGAGUUCAUCAACUCAGUGGCCAAAGAUUCACACCAAACCUUCAUUUUUGAUGCAUCGAGUUGAUACCAAGAUAGUAGCUUAAGCUAAAAGAGUAGUGAAAGAACUGAACGUUCCUCUCCAGGUAGCCAUAGAGGGUAUUGCAGCGCAAGGAUAAAGAAUGCAGAAUAGUAUGUGAGCCGACAACAUCAUGGAGCUUACAUCUGACAUUGUUUGUUAAUGUUUGAUUUUCACUGGGAAUGAAGGUAACCUCAAGACUGCAAUGAAUUUUUGUAGAUAUUUAGAAAGUAAUUUAACAAAUGUGCUUUAUUAAACUUUACUAAAAUUUUAACAAGGAGAGAAGUAAAAGUAAUGCUAUAUCUAUUACUCAACACUGUAUAUGGUUUUCUGUUGUGUAAAAUAAUUGCAUUUUUUUAAAAGUAUAAUUUCAUAAAACAAUGGAUGUAGUUCUUUCAUUUAAAAUAUGGUAAUAUCAGUUUGGGUAUUUAUAAGUUUUAUGUCUGGGUAUCUUAUUUUUAUAUUGUCUAUUGUCAAAUGUAAGAAUUAAUGACUGUAAUCAUUUGUUUUAUGUUAUAUGCUGGAAAGAUUUU